UUUCAAAUUCAGGGGUACUGAGUUUGCAUCUUUCCAGCAAAGGUAGCACCAGCACCAUGGUGGACAGCUGUUGUCCUGGAAACGCCAUGGCCAUUCCAGCUGUGCCCGCCAUCUCCAUAUGCCCAAAUGGUGGCAACUUCCGAAAUGGUACCUGUUUGCCUAAUUCCUGGAGGAGUAGAAUGUGGCAACUUGUCACAUGCCAAGAAAACUGUCAGUCAGCCAGCAGUGGCCCACGUGGCUGUGAACCUGCUCCUUGCCAAUCUACCUGCAUUCCAGCAACUUCUUGCAUGGGUUUUGUUUGUCAACCCAUUUGCUCCUGUAUAGCCUGCUAUGAAUCGGGCACCGGUCAGUCUCCUUGUCUGGUUAGCUCUUGCCAGCCCUCCUGCUUGGAAUCCACUGGUGGUCAGGCAAAGUGCUGUGAUGCCAGCCGCUGCCAACAAAGCUCCCGCUGGGAAGCUGCGUUCAUGUCCAGAUCGUGCCAGGCAGCUUGUGGCCAAUCAGUCUGCUGUGAUACUAGGUCCUGCCAGCCAUCCUGCUCUGCGGUAACUUCCUGUCUUGAAACAUCUUGCCCACCAACCGUCUCUGCAGCUAGUCCGUGCCAGCCAACUUGCUGCCAAGCAGAUUCAUGUCAACCCAUUAGUGGUGAAGACCAGCCCUGUAAAUCAACUUAUUACCAACCCAUCUGCUACAUUUUCAAGGCUUGCCAAUCAUUUCCCUACGUGCCUGUUCCCUGCCAGCCGCUGACUUAUACAUUCAGCUCUUGCAAUCCUUCUUGCUGUGUGUCCUCCCCUUGCCAGUCACUGCACUGCCAACCAGCUUCUUCCAUAUCCUUCAUCUGCCAACCAGUGGCUAACUGCCAGCCCUCUUGUUCUGUAAAGAACCCUUGCAAACCAGCUUCCUGUGGCACCGUGCUUUCUGGCCAACCAACUUGUGGCGGACCCACUUCCUGCAACCAAAGUGGCUGCAAAUCCCCUUCCUACCAACCAGCCUGCUGUGUGACAGGUUUAGGCAGAUCAUCCAGUGGUGGCUCUGACUGCUUCCGAGCAACGUCCCCCCAUCUCUGCAAAGUCAGCACCUACUUGCCGACUUCCUGCCAACCCAGCUGCGCACCAGUUGUCCAGCUUCUGUAA